AUGGUGGAAACGCAGAGUGAAUUCGACCUACAUCAACUUCUAGUUCCCACCCCAACCAACGAUGUCCCUCCAGCUCAUCACUCCUCCUCCGCCUCUUCCGGCCCCAGCAGCGAUGCUGGCUCUUUUGUUUUCCCGGACAGCUUGUCCAGAAGCAACUCCGUCUACUCCUUCUCCAGAGCCUCCUUCAGCAGUCAAUUAGCCAGUCUGACUUCCAUGAGCCUACCCCAAGCCGAAUCCCUCGCAGCCACCGUGACAAGUCUCCCCACCGCCCGAAAGGCCGUCAAGGCCCUAACCAGUGCCGCUGAGCAGAUUCAACAGUGGAACAAGAAGGCGCUGAAGGUUUUGGAGAAUCUUGAUGCCGACGAGGAUGUAGAAUGGGCCGCCGCCGCCGGUAGGUUAGGUUUGGAUGACACGGAGAACACCAUCAAUAAAUUCGAGACUUUGAUCAAUGUCUAUGUCAUUUCCAUCGAGGAGCUACAAUCCCGCCCGGAUAUUGGCGAUGCCAAAACCGAGGAGCUCCAGGCCGUUGUGGAACAGAUGGAGUCCACCCUGGAAGGCUGGGAAAAUGUCCGCCAUGAUUUGAAGAAAGUGCACGAACAGGUCGAGCUGGCCAUGGAAUGGGAAGAGCUGUGGGCAAAAGUACUAGGUGACGUCGGAGCAGAGAUGGAUAGCCUGAGUCAGUUAGUCUUUGAGAUGGAAGAAAAGAGACACGCAGCCUAUCAGACACAAACUCAAGCCGGCCCGAGUCAAGUCUUCGAUUUGAACGAAUUGGAAAGCUACAUCGACGAGCCCUCUCAGAAAAAGACGACGCCCAACUCACGUUUCAGUCUCCCACCCUUUGAAUCCUCACCUCUGGGGUCGCCCAUCAUCGAGAACCCUGCCGACGAUUCGAACUUGCUUGCUCUUUUCGCGCGCAUGCAACCACUGAGAGCAUCGUUAGAUUUCCUGCCGAUGAGAUUGUCGAUGUUUCAAUCACGAGCCGAGAAAAUCUUCCCAACAGCCUGCCGAGAGCUUGAUGACAAAUGUGCGCGACUAGAAAGAAAUUGGACGGACCUGUCGAAAGAAGCGGACAACUUACGCCGGGAAUUGAGUGAAGACCGUUGGGUGAUAGUAUUUCGCAAUGCUGGUCGACAAGCUCAAAAGAUGUGCGAGUCCGUGGAAAGGAGCAUCGUCAAGGUUCAAGAGGCCAUUGGCGAAGAAUAUCAACCGACAAAUCCUGCUGCUCUAGCGAAAAGGAUUGAGAGCUUCGAAGCAAAGAAGAUGCACUAUGUCCCUGCCAUUGGCAGAGUGCUUGCGAUUAUCCAAAAGGGCCUCAAAGACCGGCUUACGGUGAACGGCGAGAUUCUACGCUUACACAAAGACCUCUCAUCUAGAAUGAGAGAUUUGACUGAUACGAUGGAGGAUAUGGACUCCUUACUGGAACCAUUUACCGCUCGACACAACUCGAGAUUACGCGAGUCAAUCUCCAGCAUCGUCUCAGCCGAUCGCUCAUUCACCAGUACCACAUUUCCGGGAACGCCAGGAAGUUCGCCGCCGUCCUCGAUAGAUCUGCCCCCUCAACGGAGUGAGCAAGUCACUCCCAAAUAUGGUCUCAACGGAUACAGUAAGCCGAGGGCUGCAUCCUCUAGUCGACCACCCCCUCUUACCUCGUCGAAUCGACGAUCAUCGAUGCUCCCACAGAGUAGACGGCCCACGACUCCGAUGUCCCAGGCUAGCAGUUCGAUCAUGCGACGAACGGCUUCACCUUUACCGGGUCCUCCGUCGGUCUAUCGUCAAGGCGUGUAUACCCCACCAGUAGCGCCUGCUCCUCGACCGGGGCCAACACCUGUUUCAAGCAAACCACGAUGGUCAGCGGUGGUCAAAUCGCAUGAUUCAACGCUGGCGCCAACCUAUCGGUCAUCAGCAUCAACUUCACCUUCAAGCAUAUCGACAAUGCGGAGGUACACACCCCGGUCGAUAUCGUCAAGUACUGCAUUACCACUACGAAGCCCCCUCAGUCGGGAGACUUCAGCUUCACCAAGUGCUUUAUUACCCACCCCUGCAGAACGGGAAAGGCAGCAAUUCAAGUCAUUUGCUGAGAGAGUUGCCGAUCCAUCACCUGUGAGAACGAGUAGCUUGAUGGAUCCUGUACCUUAUCACCGAGGACGCAACUCGAGUGCGCCUACAGGAACCAUCAGAUCGCCUUCGUCUCUUGCGGUACAUAGUCAGCAAAAACCCACCAUGAGCGGAGUUACUCGACCUCCGUCGUCACUCAGCCGGAGUUAUCACUCGACGCAAACCUUGCCAUUGAGAAAUACCGCGCCGAAUCCUCGAGCGGAUAACAGAAAAGCGACACGAAACAGAGAGGACUCUCUGGGUUCGGACGAGCUGGACCGAGCCAGCGAAAACGAGGAUGAUCGGAUCACCGAGCCGAAUUCGAGUCCGCUUUCGAAAAGAACGAUCACCAGGCCAAGUAGUGUUUUGGCAAAUAACAAAGGGAAAAGAAUGUCAUUACUGCCAGUUCCAGUUGGAGGUGGCAGGCAGAGUUCAUUAGGACAUAGGAUCUCAUGA